AUGUUAGAUUACCCAGGCAGAGCUUUAAUUAGCGAAGAUAAACGGCUCAUAAUUGAUAAUGCCCUUAAACAAUUCAAGUUUAAGAGUGAUUCAAUUUUCGAGUUUGAAAAUAUAUCAAUAAAUAGAAGCCAAUUGGAUGAAUUAUUAAUGUCGGAAGAGCUUGACAAUAACCACAUAGACGCUUUUUUACAUUUAUUAACGCAGAAGGAAGCAGCAUUUCCUGGUCGUAAUCAACCUUUUCUAUUUGUUUCAAGCUUUCAUUGGCUAUACUACAAACAAUACAAUGAUUCGAACACAAAAACGUUCGUAUCUAAUAUAGACAAAACCAUUAUCAGGAAUAUAAAUUUGAUCUUUGUUCCAAUAAUAUACGGAGAACAUUGGACACUACUACUUUGCAACUUGUUGAAAAAACGGUGGGAGUUUUAUGAUUCUUUACCGAAGAAGACACAUAAAGCGAUACUCCCAGAAGUUAUUUCUCAUUUCUACAAAGAUACGGACGACGCCUUCGACAUUGAUGUAACGAAAUGGCCAAUCAAAGGAUUUCGAAACGUGCCAACACAAAAUAACAGCGUUGAUUGCGGAAUUUAUGCUCGGUACUGCUCGGUACUUCUUGGUAUUGAUCUGUACCGAGCAGAGGUCAUAAUAGUUAUGCUCGGAUCUGCUCG